CAGCGCGUCCUUAUGAUGACUACCGACAGAUAUAAGUUAGAACUACAUGCUACUUUGUAUUAGAAAUGGCCACAGCGCAGGAUGCAUGUGCAUGUACGAGACAGUCUGCCCCACAAAAAAUGGAUAGAGAAAAAGAAGGAACUUAUUGACACCAAUGGCGGACUCAGUUAAAACUUUACCAUAUGUUGAGAUAUCCGCUGACGUCACUAAUGGGAAAAACAUCACAAAUUGUGCAAAUUCCAAACGACUCGUUUGAAGGAAGGCAAGAUUGUUUUAUAAAUAUCUCAGCCAUGCCUCCAUGGUUUGACUUUUGCAGAUCCCAAAUACAUAAAACAUGUACCAAUAGGUAAGACAAGUUGGUUGUGGGCACCUUUAAACGAUGCUUAUGUAUCAGUUCAAUAUUAGUGUAGGUGUUGUCUUCUGUGACUUUGGCCUAACUUUUAGCCACUGGUGCAAGUAGGGCCCCUGAACAUGUAAAACUGACUCCACUAAUUACAUUAAAAUAAGUUUAUAGUGAGGAAAAAACUAAGUGAAUAGAGGUAAGGUUAUUUAUUGCAAUACUUUGCCGUAUUGAUACUUUUAAUGCAAUUGUGCGUCACUGCACCCUGAGACUUCACACGUCUCACCUUCUUAAUGUUCACAAUCUAGACAUUGUUUUUGUUUUUUAUCCCUUUAGUCAUAUUACCAAACUUUUUGAGUAUGGCCUUUCAUAUUGGACUCAGUUCUAUGUUUAUUCUCCUUAGUUUAUCUUCACCGGUAUUCAUUUAUGGUUGCAUAAGUACUCCAAAAAGCAAAAUCUACCUGAAGAGUUGAAAUCUGAAGUUUGUAAAGGCGUCAUUUUGUGAUAUUUAUUUAAUAUGUUAAGGUUCCACUGUACUGUAUAUGACAAAACUGUUUUUUUGACUUAUCAAAAUAUUAUCAGUGAUAAAAAUACAACUUGUCAUAUAUAAAAAGCCUAGAUGGUGGUGUUCUGCUUGUUUGGUGUUCACUUCUGGGGCUCACUUCUGUUGCUUCUGUCCUUCUUUCUUCCUUCCUCCACUAAUGGAUGGAACCACACCAUCACUUUAGGAGCUUGAUGAGUUUGCUGAUGAUCGGAUGGCGCUGGUGUCAGGAAUCAGUCUAGAUCCUGAAGCAGCCAUCGGCGUCACCAAGAAACUGCCUCCUAAAUGGAUAGAGGGCAUCGAUGAGAUCCACUAUGAAAUCUCACGGGUUCGACAGAAAAUGAAGGACCUGGCUCUGCUUCAUGACAAGCACAUGAAUCGUCCCACCUUGGAUGACAGCAGUGAAGAAGAGCACGCCAUAGAAAUCACCACCCAGGAGAUCACACAGAUGUUCCAUCGAUGCCAGAGAGCCGUCACUGGCUUGCAGUCCCGCUGUGGCCACUGCACCGAGCAGGAGGAGAGACUAUUGAGAAACGUGGUCUCAUCUCUGGCACAAAGUCUGCAGGACCUGUCCACCACUUUCAGACACACACAGUCCAGCUACUUAAAACGAAUGAAGAAUCGUGAGGAGCGAUCAAAGCACUUUUUUGACUCAGGGCCGCUAAUGGAAGAAGACGAAGAGCUAGCUGUGUAUGACAAGGGCUUUACAGAUGACCAACUGAUGUUGGUGGAGCAGAAUACAGUCAUGGUUGAAGAACGAGAGCGAGAGAUCAGACAAAUAGUUCAGUCCAUCUCUGAUCUGAAUGAGAUUUUCCGGGACUUGGCCAGCAUGGUGGUGGAGCAGGGCACCGUCCUUGACAGAAUCGACUUCAACGUGGAGCAAGCGUGCGUCAAAACAGACGAUGGCCUAAAACAGUUACAAAAGGCCGAGCAGUACCAGAAGAAAAACCGGAAGAUGCUGGUCAUUUUGAUCCUAUUUGUCAUAGUCAUCAUUCUAAUAAUUAUUCUCUUUUCAACCAAGUUUUAAUCUUACAAUUAUUUUUGCUCUCCGUGUGAGUGUUUGUUGUGGAGUCUGUGAACCUCUGCUCCGACAAAAGCAGACAGCCUUUCCCACCGUAAGUCUGGUUUUUUUUUCAAUCAAAAUAACAAUCGACAGAAUCUUUUAUCUGUGGCUGAUUUAUGACGUGUCUGGUAUGGAAAAACUCCACCACCUUGGACUAGCUGCCUGUUGUUUAUGCAGUGUAAAGACAGACAUGUUAUUGUUUGCUUCUUUCUGCUUGGUUCCAAUGUGAAUAUGCAUUCUUUCUUUUGAAGAGACAAUGCAAUGGGGGAUUAUGGGUAGUCUUGACACAUUAUUUUCCUGUGUUGAUCAUACACUACCAAAUAUUCCUACGGUUGAGCGCCUGUUAAUCAUUGGAUAUUCUAAUGGAAUAACACUGCUUGGUAAGUAGCUGUCCCAACAUUCUAGAAUCAUCCGUUUAUUUAACAGGUGCUACGCUUGUCAAAAACGAUUGAACUACGCAGUUUUGUUUUCAAGCGCUAUCCCCUUUUUGAACUGCAAUUUGCACAUACUUGAGGCCUGAGCAAGAGGAGUGUGUCGUGAUAUGGACGUAGUACUACUGUCAUCUGUAUGAUGAAAAUAUUUAUUUUUUAAAAACGACCAAUGACCAAGACAUUCUGUGUCCUGCAGAAUGAUUGUAUGUUAGGUAAAACUAGUAGCUCUACGUACACUAAGGACUCCACUAAGGAAACUGUGGUCCAUCCCGCAUAUGCAGAUACAUAAAGACUUCUUUUAUUCUGCUGUUAUGUUCACGUAUAAAGACUUGAUAUGCCGAGACGAUGAAGAGCUUUAUUUAACAUAUCUGUUCAUUUAUGCUUAUUUUAUACACCAUCUCUGUCAUUGAUGUGAAGUGGGUGUAAACAAAUGUCCAAGUGGUACUAUUCAUGAGUGAAGGUUUUUUUUUAAUAAACAUGGAAUAUGUUG